CCCUCGGUGGUUGGACGACCAAAACAAACCCGGUAUUUUUUUUCAAUAACUCUGAGUGAUGUUAGAAGUUAAGUUGUUUCCACCCACCGCAAUAUAGCCGGAGUUAGACCUCCUUGUAUACAUGAAUCAGCAUUUGUUGUGCGUUAAUCUAGGGGAAGCACAUGUGGGUCAUACUCUGUCACUCCGUGAUCUUUUAAGCUCACCGUCUGACCGUUUCACUGAGGAGCGAAGGAAAUCGGCCUGUACAAAUAAACACGCAGAGUAUAUCUCUUUAGAAAUUCAAGAUGUCCACGGACUGGGCUGGGUAUGGUUACGCUGCCCUUGUUGCUUCUGGGGGAGUAUUUGGUUAUGUCAAAGCAGGUAGCGUGCCCUCCUUGGCUGCAGGUCUUCUCUUUGGCAGCUUGGCUGGCGUUGGUGCCUACCAGAUGUCUAGUGACCCAGGCAAUAUAUGGCUGUCCCUAGCCACCUCAGGAACCCUGUCUGGAAUCAUGGGAAUGCGUUUUCUAAAUUCCAGGAAGUUCAUGCCUGCUGGACUCAUAGCAGGAGUGAGUCUUCUGAUGGUCGGAAGGCUUGGGGUGGCCCUGUUGCAGAAGCCCCGCGAACUGUGAUGGGAGCCAGUGAAGCUGUGUUAGCAGAUCGGGAUCUCCACCAUUACUUCAAAUUAUGGAAACUCUUUUGUAAAUAAAAAAAUGAAUAAAAUAAUUUUAAAAGA